UCCUUGACCUGCACAAACACACAAGCAAGAGUUGUAUACAGCAAAAGUCACACUAGAGCAACAAGGUGAACAAAAGAAGAGGCAGUUAAUCGUAAUAUUGUAUAUUGUAGCUUUAGAUGGAAAUGGUGGUGUGGGUUGUGUGGGUAUUAUUUCUGGGAGUAGCACAAGCAAGUAACGUGACAUAUGAUGGGAGAUCAUUGAUCAUCAAUGGUGAACACAAGAUCCUCUUCUCUGGGUCUAUUCACUACCCCCGUAGCACACCUCAGAUGUGGCCAUCUCUAAUAGCCAAAGCCAAGGAAGGAGGACUAGAUGUAAUACAAACCUACGUGUUUUGGAACCUCCAUGAACCCCAACAAGGACAGUUUGAUUUUAGUGGCAGAAAUGAUAUUAUAAGGUUCAUAAAGGAAAUCCAAGCUCAAGGCCUAUAUGCUUGCCUAAGAAUUGGACCCUUCAUUGAGGCUGAAUGGACUUACGGGGGCCUACCCUUUUGGUUGCAUGAUGUUCAAGGCAUUGCUUUCCGAACUGACAACAAACUCUUCAAGUACCAUAUGCAAAGGUUCACAACAAAAAUUGUUCGCAUGAUGCAAUCGGAAAAACUAUAUGCUUCACAAGGAGGGCCUGUCAUACUAUCACAGAUUGAGAAUGAAUACAAGAACAUAGAACCAGCUUAUCAUGAAGAAAGGCCGCGCUAUAUUCGCUGGGCAGCAGCAAUGGCUGUUGGGCUUCACACUGGAGUACCGUGGGUGAUGUGCAAGCAAGAUGAUGCUCCAGACCCUGUGAUAAACGCAUGCAACGGGCUUCGAUGUGGGGAAACAUUUGCAGGACCCAACAAACCAAACAAGCCAUGGAUUUGGACAGAGAACUGGACAAGUUUCUAUCAGGCCUAUGGUGAGGAACCUUACAUGAGAUCAGCUGCAGAUAUUGCAUUUCAUGUUGCUUUGUUCAUUGCCAAGAAAGGAAGCUAUAUAAACUAUUACAUGUAUCAUGGUGGAACAAAUUUUGGAAGAAGGGCCGCUGCUUACAUGGUUACAAGUUACUAUGAUCAAGCUCCUCUUGAUGAGUACGGUCUAAUUAGACAGCCAAAGUGGGGUCACCUUAAGGAAUUACAUGCUGCAGUCAAAUUAUGCUCAAACUCUUUACUUUCUGGAGUGCAGAGCAUUGUCCCUUUGGGUCAACUACAAGAAGCCUAUGUCUUUAAAAGGAAUUCAGGAGAAUGUUCCGCCUUUCUGAUAAACAAUGACGGUACAAGAGUUGCUAAAGUCAUGUUCCAGAACCAUUUAUAUGAACUACCACAAAAAUCAAUAAGCAUCCUGCCAGACUGCAAGAUCAUAGCUUUUAACACAGCAAAGGUAACUGCACAAACAAGUACAAGAUCAAUGAUCUUGAGCGAAAAGUUUGACACCAUUAUAAGAUGGGAAGUAUACAAGGAGCCAGUCCCUGAUUUUGGAAGGACUUCGUUGAGAGCCAAUACAUUAUUAGAGCACAUGAGCACAACAAAAGACACAUUAGAUUACCUUUGGUGCACUUUCAGAUAUAAUCAUUCCUCAGAUGCUGAAACAAGCCUACUUAAUGUGCAGUCCAAUGGCCAUGUUGUGCACGCAUUUGUCAACAAUGCCUUCAUAGGAACUGCACAUGGAAGUCACAAGGAGAGUGGUUUCACCCUUGAGAAGACAGUUCAUUUUAAUAAAGGGACAAACGAUGUUGCUUUACUUAGUGUUAUGGUUGGAUUGCCGGAUUCAGGAGCACAUCUUGAGCGAAAGGCUGCUGGGUUACACACAGUAAGGGUUCAAGACAAAGACUGUACCAGACAAUCCUGGGGAUAUCAGGUUGGGUUGUUGGGAGAGAAAUUACAGAUUUACACAGAGCAAGGAUUGAAAAACGUCAAGUGGAGUAGGUUUGGAAGUUCAGUUCAACGAAGACUCACAUGGUACAAGACAGUCUUCAACGCACCUGCUGGAAAUGAUCCUGUCGCACUGAACCUUGGCUCCAUGAAAAAGGGAGAAGCCUGGGUUAAUGGCCAAAGCAUUGGCCGAUAUUGGAUCUCAUUCCGUACCCCUAACAUGAAUCCUUCGCAAAAAUGGUAUAACGUGCCUCGCUCCUUCCUUAGACCCACCAAUAACCUAGUAGUUCUGCUGGAAGAAGAAGAUGGGUACCCCACUGGGAUUACCAUAGACACUGUAUCAAUAACAAAAGUAUGUGGGCAUGUGACUGAUUCACAUUUGCCCCCAGUGACUUCAGGAGUGACACAAAAUCAAAGAGGAAAAGGUGACAAAAAGAAUCCUGGCAGAUUGCCGACAGUCCACCUCCAGUGUCCUCCAGAAAGGAACAUUUCCAAGAUCUUAUUUGCAAGCUUUGGAACACCUUCUGGUGAUUGUGAAAGUUAUUCCAUUGGAAGCUGCCACUCAUCUCGUUCCAGAACCAUCAUAGAAGCGGCUUGUACAAGGAUAAGAAGGUGUUCGAUUCCUCAAUCUGAAGAAUACUUUGGAGAGGAUCCAUGCCCAGGCAUCACAAAAGCUCUGUUGGUUGAUGCACAGUGUACAUGAUUCAUUACAGUUUUGUUAAACUUCUCGAUAUGCAAUUCAGUGAAUAAGAUUUUUUUAAUUACUUAAAAACUUUCCUAUUUGAUAAAGUACCAGGAGGUCUGCAUUAAAAUGAGUAUCUUAGAAUAAGUUUUCUUGUACAUUCUUGAUAACUUCUCAAUAUACAGUUCAGUCACAUUGUGAUAAGUGGCAGUUUAAGUUCAUUAUGUACAUAAAUAUAAUAAGCAACUGCCAACCAUUAAAAAAAACAUAAACAGCAAGAAGAGUGGUCUAACACAUGGUCAACACAAAUAAUCAACUUGAAAUAUUUCUUGCCAUUUCUUUUUAGCAUAAAAAGAAACAUCAGUAGGAGGCACCAACAGGAUGCAACCCAUAUUAAAAAAUAUUUACAAAGUGUUAGAAACCAAAAUGCCAAUAAUGGUCCACAAAUCCCCAUUAUCCAGAAGAGGAUACCGUCACCAAAAUACUUAGGGCAUUAGACCAAUGACCUCUAAUCCUAUCAAAAAGGGAGCAUAUAUCAUCAAAAGUUCUCUUGUUUCUUGAACAAUAUUACAGGCAUGGAAAUAAGCUUAUAUAAUUUCUGCCUAGAUUUACAUUCUUCACUGCCUGACCAAGCUCACAGCUCUUGCUCAACCGACCCUGUGACUGCCAAGCUCAAGUUUAAAAGGCCAGCCAUUGAAUCCAACAACCUUUAGCCUCCAAGCACAAAAGGAGGUGGGGAAUUCAUACUCCUACAAACACAUAGGGCAACCAUUGACUAUGAUCUUUCCUCUCUUCCUUAAGUUAUUUUAAAGUGAGAAUUCUCCCCUAAACCGCUUACCACUCAAGUGGUCAUCAAGUGAAACAAGAAUAAUACUUCAACCAGGAGGUCUGGCUCGAAUGGCACCCGAGGAAUACUUAAUGAAGGAGAGAAAUAGAUUUACCUGAGAUUUCAAAUAGACAUAUACCUUCUUUAAGUGGGACCCCGCUUGGAGGUUGAUUUUACCACACAUAAUUUGUGAUUAUAGCCUCAACAGCAGUUAAAACUCAAGUGAACAUUUAACGAAGUGCUAUUCCAAUGACAAUACCCAUAGCAAGCAGCCACAUGGAUAAGUCCUACCCCUGUAGUUUAUUUACUUACAAAAAUUAAGAUAUUUCUUAGUCCCACAUGAACACGAUUUAUCCAGAUUUUAGCUAGGCAUAUUUAGGAUAAGGUUGAGGGCUCGGUUGCAAGAAUCAGCUCAAAGUUUUUAAGGCUGUAGAACAAAAUCAUUGUUCCGAACUUGGGGCUAGCAUAAUAUCUGACAGAUGCCAAAGCCAUUGACUGGUACAUUAGAUUUGUUGGUGCAUGCCAAAGAGGAAGGCCGGAAGCCUGAAGUAUGUUAUGUUAGUUUAAACCACCCCUUUCUUAACCAGUUUUAUUUCAAUUAGGGUUUUCUGUUCCCAGCAAUGUU